CAGAAGGCUUCAUACCCUACAACGUAUCAGUCCCAUCAAGCAAGAGGAUCCAGUUGAACAGGAAUGAAUGACUCUAUCAAUGGAAGCAAUUAUGACGAUGACUAUGGUGAUGAAGUCUGUGAAAAAGGUGCUGUGGUCAAGUUUGGAUCCAUUGCCAUUCCUGUGUUCUUCUCCGUUGUGAUCACACUGAGCCUCACAGGAAACAUCCUCGUCCUUGUAAUCCUGGCUAUGUACGAAAACCUCAAGUCUCUCACCAACAUUUUCAUCCUGAACCUGGCUAUCUCUGACCUCGUCUUCACCACCGGUCUGCCUUUUUGGGCAAUUUACCACAUCUGGGGAUGGUUGUUUUCAGAUGCCCUUUGCAAAAUAGUGACUUUUGUCUUCUUCACUGGGUUUUACAGCAGCAUCCUCUUCCUGACCAUCAUGACAAUCUACAGGUAUCUGGCAGUGGUCCACCCUCUGUCUAACAUGAGCAUACUGAAAAUCAGCACCGGGGUUUAUGGGUCGUUCGUACUUUGGUUAAUCAGCAUUGGAGCAGCCAUUCCCUCCCUGCUCUACAGCUCCCUCGUCUCCAUCCCCCACAAAGGUGAACACUCCCUGGGCUGUGAGUACAUAGACCCUCUGUGGAAAAGCAUUGGUGUCUUCCAACAGAACAUUUUCUUCUUGGUCGCUUUUGCAGUGAUGACUUUCUGCUACAUUCGAUUACUAUGGAAAAUCACAAGAACAAGAUCUCACACAAAAAACAGAGCAGUAAAGUUAGUCUUCUGCAUCGUGGCAGUGUUCGUCCUCGGAUGGGUGCCGUACAAUGUGGUCAUCUUUCUGAGGGUUUUGGCUGACAAUGUUGUCGAACCAUUUGAUAACUGUGACGCAAGUAUCAAGCUUGACUAUGCAUUCUGUGUGUGCCGGUUCAUUGCUUUCUCCCACUGCUGCCUGAACCCCGUCUUUUAUGCGUUUGUUGGUGUGAAGUUUAGGAGUCAUUUGAAGUCGUUGCUGCUCCGACUGUUCAUUCGAAGUCCGGCUGAAGGGCAGCAGGUUAAAAUGCAGAACUUCUCACGUGCAUCAAUGUUAUAGUUGCUCUUUAAGUAUAAUUUAUUUGCAUUUACUUCUGCAUUUGCUUAAGUCCAGUGUGUGCAUGAUAUAAUCCAUUGUAUCGAAAUAUAGGAUUACAGGGUUCAUAUAUUUCAGUUCGUAGAAAGCUGCACUCAAUAUUUAAAUCUGACUUUUUCUAUUCAUUGUGUCUGUGUUAAACAUCAGAGUAUAAAGUUUGUAUGGGACCAUGCAUCUUGAAUUGUUACAUACAUAUAUUUACUGGCACUUGAAAAAGAUAUUAAUAUAAUAUUAUGAAUUAAUCACAGUGGAAAUGAAGCAAUUACAUAGAAAAUAUAUUUUCUUCCUGUGCAAAUUAAUUAUUAUUAUGUUAAUUUUAAAUUAAACCAACUCUCGCUUUUGUGUGGAUGAUUUCACUCAUCAGUUUAAUUAUGAUUUAUUGUGUAAAUUUAAUACAAUGUGUCAAUUCAUAAAACAGCUAAAUGUUGGUAUUUCAUAUUUUAAAAGGAUGUGGUUUGCUCACUGCCUUUAUGUUGUAAUGCUACUAAAUACGCUUGUAUUAUAAAUUUGUACAGAUAUUUGCAAUUUUUUAUCCCUCUGUGCAAUAAAAAACACAUUGGCUAUU